AUACACAUCUUUGUUUUACAAUUGGGAGGUUAUAUAGACGGAAAACUACGGCAGCUGUCAACUUAUUUAUUUUCAAUGUUUUAGUUAUUUCGAAGUUGGUUGGUAAAUUUGGAUACAAUGUGACAUUGCCUAGGAGGAGUCAGUGUCUUUUUCAGACCUUUUUAAUUUCCUCAUUUUCUUCGCUUUUUUACUUGAAAUGCAAAAUGUCGAGUUCGGAAGCAAGCAUGGGUUGUGUUAGUGAAGUAACGUUGGCAAUCAGCAAAGCAAAAGGACCACAGCAAGUAAACAAUGUACGAUCGCUUGAUAGUCCAGAUUCUACUUGCUCAGGAAUUUCGAACUCCUUCACGGUUCAGCGCUUUGAUUAUACAGAUGAUGAAAGCCAGAAUGGAAAUUCAGAAUUUCAGGAACCAUCAAGCACAAAUGACUUAAGAAUACCCAUUGUUGGAUAUGAAGUAAUGGAAGAAAGAGCUCGUUUUACAGUGUACAAAUUAAGAGUAGAAUUUAAAAACGGAGACUGCUGGUUUGUCUUUCGUCGUUAUACAGAUUUUGUGCGCUUAUUUACUCAGUUACGACGACAGAAAGCCCCCAUUUCCCACUUGUCUUUACCCAGAAAGAAAUGGCUAGGUGACAAUUUUGCUCCAAGUUUUCUUGAGGAAAGAAUACGAGGACUCCAAGCAUUUGUCAAUGGAUUGUUGAACAGUCCUGAUUUGGUUGGCUUAGCUUGCGUUAGAGAAUUUUUCUGUCUGGAUGAACCUCCCGCAUUGUCUGAUACAGUUGAAGAAUCUAGAGCCAUUUUUGAAGCUUUAGAGGACACAAUAUAUCAUCUAAGGCAGCAAUUGAGGGAAAGGGAAACUGCUCUGGCUGCUGAAACUAAUCUUUGUAAUGAACUGCGAAAGAAGCUUCACACUGUCGUAACGGAAUCUCAUACAUGUCCAAACUGUGGUGCAAACAACAAUUACGUUGAAACUUAAUAAUUUCAAGAAUUAGCUAUAGAUAUAGGUAAUGUUUUUCAAAAUAAUAGUGGACAAUUACGUUUCAAAUGAGAACGUAUUACUGGCAACAUCACUAGCUUUACAAAAUAGAUAGGGCUUUGGAUACUGGUCUGAAGAGGAAGACUGAUUGUCUCAUAAAUUCCAGAUUUGAUAUUAGCAACUAUAUAAAUUUUACUAAAUUAGAUAUUUUCUAGAUGGCCUUAAAUAAUACUGCCUUAAUAAUGGGACCUACCUUUAUGUGCCUUAGUACUAUUGCAAUGUAUUUUUUAAGGGUACUAGCACACGAUUUUCUCAUAGAUAAUUUAUUUACACGAUGAUAUAUAUUGUAUACUUUUAGAUGUAUAUGUUUUGACGUUCCGAGUACCUACAAUUUUUAAUUGUACGGUUGUAUCUAUAAAUGGCAAGCUAUUUUUAUUAAGAAUGCGUUUGCUACGUAGAAACAGAAAGGGUUGUGCAAGUGUUAGCAUACGAAUGAUGCAAAGAUGCAAACAUUUUUUAAAUAAUUCAAGAAGUAUACAAGAAGCUAUAGUUAUAAUCGUUCUGUUACCUAUUAUUACUCCACAUGGUGGUUGUUACUCUCUAGAGAGUAAAAUAAUACGAUUAUAUCGUAUAUUUUUGUACAUGCGCAUUGAUUAAGUUAAGUGUUUAAUAUUGAACAGAGACGAAGUUUGAAAAAUUGUACAAAACGGAAUAUUAGAAUUGGAUCAUGCAUGGUCAAAAAUUCAAAACAAAAAUUUCAAAGAAUAAGGAAGAUAAGUUUAUUAAUUUUAUAAAAAUACCAAAAUCCAUUUAACAACUCAAUCGCGUACAAUUUUAUAAAAAUGGAUUUACACAAUUACGUGCGCCGCUCUCUCUCUCUCUCUCUCUCUCGCAUCUUCCAAUUAUACUCAAACGGAGAAAUAAACUCUAUAGUAAGUAUAUAUUUAAAAAAAACAAAGAUAACAGAGAUAUUUUAUUGUAAAAAAUGUCCGCUGCGUCGGUUGUGUACAUUAUGAUACAUAUUUAUGUAUUUAUACAAUAUUUAUAAGAGUAAAAAAAGGAGACUUUUUUAUUUCA